AUGGAAACCAAGGAAGUUAAAUCAACAAUUUCCAAUUUGGAGAAAGCAAUAGAUGAUACUACUAUACUAAAGUUAUUAAACAUAUUAAAUGAUGAAGUUAAACCUACUGAAAAAUUAUUAAGAGAAACUAAAGUAGGAGUUGUUGUAAAUAAAUAUAGAAGUAAUGAAAAUAAUGAAAUAAGUUCAUUAGUUAAAAAGAUGAUAAAAAAUUGGAGAGAAGCAGUUCAAGCUGAGAAAAACAAGUCUAAAAAGGCAUCAUCAACAUCAUCAACUGGUUCGACUCCUGUUUCAUCAACUACCAAUUCAAAUGCAAAUACACCAAUUUCUUCUUCAUCAAUUCCUCCUAAUUCAUCAACUACAAAAUUCAAUGGUCCAAGAAAUCCUAAAAAUGAUGGAGUAAAUAUUAAUCAUUACGAUAAUGAUACUCGUAAUGCAUCAAUAAGUGCAUUAUAUACAUCAUUAGCAGUAGAUAGAGAUGAUUCACCAAAUCAUAUAUUAACAAUUGCAAUGGAAAUAGAAAGUGAAGUUUUUAAAGGAGAAUAUCUGAAAGUUAAUGAUUCAUAUAGAAAUAAAUUAAGAAGUUUUACAAUGAAUUUAAAAAAUAAAAAAAAUCCAGAAUUAAGAGAAAGAAUAUUAACAAGACAAAUUAUAGCAUCAAAAUUUAUAAAAAUGUCACCCAAUGAAAUGGCUCCUGAAUCUUUAAAAAAGGAAAUUGAAAAAUUACAUAAACAAAAUUUAUUUGAUGCUCAAGGUGCAACUGAAAAAAGAGCAGUUACUGAUCGUUUUACUUGUGGAAAAUGUAAACAUAAAAAAGUAAGUUAUUAUCAAAUGCAAACAAGAUCUGCUGAUGAACCUUUAACUACUUUUUGUACUUGUGAAAAUUGUGGUAAUAGAUGGAAAUUUUCAUGA